GGCGGCGGCGAGCCACGUGGUGGGGCCAGGGAGCCGCGGCCGCCGAGCGCCCGGGCGGCUGCCCCAGCUGGGCAGUGCUGCUGUGCGCCGCGCCGCGCUGCACUCGGUGGCCGCGCUCCUAGCUCCCCGCAGCCGCCCCGGGGCAGGAGGCGCGCCUGGCGGCCGGCCGGCCAGACAAAGGAGGCGCGGCGCAGCCAGCGCGCGGGCGGGCGGACCAUGGGCUCGAGGCGCGGACGACCAGCCCCAUCCGCGAGGACGCCGCGCUCCCCGGCCCGGCCCUAGGCGCCUCGCCCGGCCGCCCGGGGGCGCCCAGCCGGGAGGACGCGGAUCCCGCGCGCGCGGCGAAGAGGAAGCGGCGCCGGUGAUAGAGCGAGCAGGGGACGCCCGCGCGGCCCGGAGCCAUGGGCAAGUGCAGCGGGCGCUGCACUCUGGUCGCCUUCUGCUGCCUGCAGCUGGUGGCUGCAUUGCAACGCCAGAUCUUUGACUUCCUGGGCUACCAAUGGGCUCCAAUUCUGGCCAACUUCCUGCACAUCAUGGCUGUAAUCCUGGGAAUCUUUGGCACUGUGCAGUACCGCUCCCGGUACCUUAUUCUGUACGCAGCCUGGCUGGUGCUCUGGGUUGGCUGGAACGCCUUCAUCAUCUGCUUCUACCUGGAGGUUGGACAACUGUCCCAGGAACUCCUCCCCCCAGCUCAGUAUCCCAGGCCCCCCUGCCCCCAGGACCGGGACUUCAUCAUGACCUUCAACACAUCCCUGCACCGUUCCUGGUGGAUGGAGAAUGGACCGGGCUGCCUGGUGACUCCUGUCCUCAACUCCCGCCUGGCCCUGGAGGACCAUCACGUCAUCUCUGUCACUGGCUGCCUGCUCGACUAUCCUUACAUUGAAGCGCUCAGCAGUGCCCUGCAGAUCUUCCUAGCUCUAUUCGGCUUCGUGUUCGCCUGCUACGUGAGCAAAGUCUUCCUGGAGGAGGAGGACAGCUUUGACUUCAUCGGUGGCUUCGACUCCUACGGAUACCAGGCGCCCCAGAAGACUUCGCAUCUACAGCUGCAGCCUCUGUACACGUCUGGGUAACUUUCGCACCAGCCCACCCUAGCACCGCUUGCUAGAGGCUGAACUGACAGGACAGCUGGCUGCAGGAAUCAGACCAAGAGGAGCAGGAGCGUCCCCUUGUGGCUCGUGGACCAAACAGCUGCAGCCUACAGUGGCCAGCUGUGGGCCUGCUGCGGAUUUGGACUGUCCAUUUGCAGCCCAGACUUCAGGGGUGGGGCAGGGUGGGGCGGGGGAGGGGGAUCUCGGGUUUUUAUUUUAUUUUAUUAUUAUUUUUAAAUUUUAGCCUUGACUUGAGCUGGGGCUUCUCUGUCUUCUCCAGCCUCCCUUUCACCUUCACCCAGCACUCUGCCCCCUGUCCAGAGAGAAACUUCAGGGCAGACCCUCGCCCCAUCUCACAAUAUCCUCACCAGUCCUAGGGGAAGACAAGUUGAACUAGGAACAGGAGUCCAGGGUUCUAAUCGCAGCUCUGUCACUGGCUAUCUGUGUGACAUCUGGCAAGGUUCUUGACUUCUCUGGGCCUCAGUUUCCCUAUCUCCAAUAAUUAAAACAACCCCUUAGCAGAUGAAAUUCUUUCUAGUCUUGCCAUUCCCUGUGCUGGGCUGGGGUUAUUCUCCUUUUUUGCAGCCCUGGAAACUGAGGCCCAGAGAUGUUACAGUGAUUUGCUGGAGGUCACACAUCCAGGCUUUGAGGGCAUGCAGACCUAGAACCAGUGGAUUUUCUGUAGUUCAGACUCUCAAAACCCAGUGUUUCCAAGUUGCCAUCCAGUUUGGACACUUUAUAAUCCAUCUUCACCACACUCACAGAUCAUCCCCACCCCUUGCCAAUAUCUCUCUUAAAGCAAUAUGUCCAAUCUCUUGUUGGGAACCAGAUGGACGGAGCCCAGAGCCCUGAGUCCAACUGGAUCCACAGAGAAGCCUUCCUAGACUCAUCUUCUACCCACUCUUGGCAAACUUGUCAAGCUCUUCCCAAUAAAAGGGAGGCUACAACUCAAUCAUUCCACUGCCUCCCAGGCCCUGGAGGCUGAGUCUCCUUCCUGUACCAGUGCCCCCUUCCACCCUGCCCCCCCCCCCAGCACCUCACCAACCCCUGAGGACUCCACCCAUCCAUUGGAAGAUCUAUAAUUCCAGUGUAGAAGAGGGCUGGUUAGUGCUGCCCAGUCACCAGUGUUCCAGACCACCAGCAUUUAUGACCUCUCUCUCCAGUGUCCACAGACAACCUCUAGCAAGCCCAGGAGGAGCUCUGAAAAGGCAGGAUGGGAGCAUAGAUUCAUGAUGGGGUUAGACAGGACCAGCACCCUUCCCUGAGAGCAAGAUGAGAAGAAAGCCCUUUCUUCCCGCCUCCUCUCCUUCUGCAGACUCCUUAAAGACCCUGUACUCUGUGCUCUGUCUGGUAUGUUGAAGGACAGGAUGGUCAGGCCUCAGCUUCCUGUUUGUGGAAUAGUGGUGGCCUUGAGUUAGGAAGGACAGAAGGAAGCACUGAGGGGCUAAAGGGGAGCACAGAGGGUUUGCAUCUUUUGCUUCACACACUCCCAUCUAGCAUUCACUACUCUCUGAGGCCAAGACAUGCGAGCCAGGACUCCACUGUACUAGCUUAUCUCUAGAGCUGUUCCAAGAAGCCACCCCCCCCCCCAAGUUCUUCCUGUCACAGUAGGCACUGAGGUUCCAGGGGGUCAUCCCAGUAGGGACAGCUCCAGAGAGAGAUGGUGCCCUUCAGACUGCUACCCUGCAAUUGGGCCAAUUCUCACCUCCAGCCCUCUCCUCCCAUCCCCAGUUGGCUGUCAUCUCUUCAUGUCUACUUCCCCCAACCACCUUUUUACUCAACGGGUUUAGCCACUGGUGCUUUGAAGCCUUUUGUUUUUAUAAGAUGGUGUUUGCAAGGGGACCAGCUUCUCUUCUUGCAGGGACCUGACAAGGCAGGGAGUGUUCCCCUGGUUUCUGUGCAGGUGGGUUGAUUAAAGAUGUUGUUUUCUUCUCUA